UCAGCAGUCGCAACAGGUGUGUCGUCUGCUUCCACACAGAGAUGUAAAAACCGAAGGAGACCUCCACUGUCUGCACUCUAGCAAAAUUGCACAAAUAUUCUUAUCUCAGGAUAUUUUUUUUCUUAGUUUUUACAUUUGAAAAAUAUUUACAUCUGUGAUUUGGGCUGCACUUGGAAUAUUUGAGAAGAAGAAAUAUUUAUCAGUAAGGUUUGUUGGUGAUAAAAAUUUCAUUUCCAUUGGCACUUGAAAUUUGACUGGCGAGUUUGAAGACAAAUAAUGGAUUACUCUAAUUAUCGAUAUCAAGGACCUUCAAAGCACCUCUAUGACUUUACUCAGGGGCAAUGCUCACAGCCUUGUACAUUUUCAGGAAUAGCACCCAUUCCUGUUGUCUAUACGGAAAUGGCAAUCUAUGGGACACCUGAUAACUCCAAAGGAGGAAAUAGAAAACGCAAGGGAGGAUCGGGGAGGGAGUCAGAUGAGGAGGAUGGUCAAGGUGGGGGAUACAAUCAGGAGCAAGCAGACAAAGAGAGGUUUGCCAGAGAGAGUCAUUGUGAGAUAGAGAGAAGAAGGAGGAAUAAGAUGACCUCUUACAUUAAUGAACUCUGUGACAUGGUGCCAACCUGUAGUACACUGGCCAGAAAACCAGACAAACUGACCAUCCUCAGAAUGGCUGUGUCACACAUGAAAACUUUAAGAGUAGCUGGGAACACCAGUGUUGAUGGCUGUUAUAAGCCCUCCUUCUUAACUGAUCAGGAGCUCAAACAUCUUAUUCUGGAGGCAGCUGAUGGGUUCUUGUUUGUUGUUCAAUGUGACACAGGCAGAAUGAUUUAUGUCUCAGAUUCCAUCACACAGGUUCUAAACCAAUCUCAGGCUGAUUGGUUUGGAAACUCCAUGUAUGAACUUGUACAUCCUGAUGAUGUGGAAAAGGUUAGAGAGCAGCUGUCAACAUCUGAAUCUCAGAACACUGGAAGAAUUCUAGACUUAAAAACUGGAACGGUAAAGAAAGACAGUCACCAGACGUCUAUCAGACUGUGCAUGGGAUCCAGACGAGGCUUUAUUUGUCGUAUGAAGAUGGGUAAUGUAGAUGUUAGCAGCAUGAACUCAAGUCACACUCACCGAGCACGGCAGCGAAAUACUCUAGGGCCCUCUCCUGAUGGCAAUCAUUACACUGUAGUCCAUGUAACGGGCUAUAUCAAAAACUGGCCACCCUCAGGAGUCCAGAUGGAUAGAGACUCAGAUGAGAACUCAAGCACACACUGUUGUCUGGUGGGCAUUGGUCGACUCCAGGUUACCAGUACACCUAACUGCAGUGAUCUCAUGGGACCCAAUGGUAGCACAGAGUUCAUAUCCAGGCAUAAUAUUGAUGGAAAAUUCACAUUUGUAGACCAAAGAGUAACUCCAGUACUUGGUUAUCAGCCAGCAGACCUUCUAGGAAAAUCUGCCUUUGAUUUUUAUCACCCAGAAGACAAAGCUCACAUGAAAGACACAUUUGACCAAGUGUUGAAGCUAAAGGGGCAGGUGAUGUCAAUCAUGUACCGGUUCAGGGCCUCUAAUCAUGAGUGGGUGUGGUUAAGGACCAGUAGUUUCAGCUUUCAGAAUCCCUACACUGAUGAAGUGGAGUACAUUGUUUGUACAAACACAUCUGCAAAAAGUGUCCAACAAGGAGCAGGUGCAUCUACUGCUCAAGGAAUGCCAAACGAACAACCCCAAGAUCCUAACCCGUCCAUGGCCUCAUAUAACACCCCUCCCAGAGGUCCAAUGCCAGCAGAGAUGAAUAUCCAGCAGUCUGCAAACAAGCAUGACUUCCGAGAACCCUUCCAAGACUAUGGCUCUGUCCUCACUGGAGCCAGACAGAUUGGCAGACCAGAGAUGUAUAAUUACAACUCGCCUUCUCAAAUCAAAUACCCUGGACAGAAUGCAGCCACUAGUAUGCCUACCGGUAUGUCUCAGGCAUCUGGUGUAACAGGAGUCAGAAGAAGCCCAAACGCAGGAGGCUGGGCAGGACCUGCAGGGUUUCCACAGAAUCAGGGAGGCACUGACUUCAGCAGUAACCCGGCCUCUGGUUUCUCACAGAUUAGUCCUAACAGCUCUUCUCCUGCUGGGCCUCCCACCUACACUCAGCUUGGAUCACAGAAUAUUCCCAGCUCACAACCAAAUAACUUUUCUCAUUCCUCUCCUCCCACAUCUACUGGUCAGGGAAUGUGGCCUCCCCACUGGCAGGGAGGAGCAGCAGAAGCCCCACAGAACCCCCAGGGCCAGCAGGCUCCCCCUCCUAAUGGUCAGCAGAAUGAGGAGUUCAGUGAUGUUUUCCGUAUGCUGGACCCUCCUGGACAGGAAUUUAAUGAUCUCUCAGGGAUGUUUAACACUUUCCAAGACUAGUGUUUGUAGAGGGGCUAUCAAUAUCAUAUAUAGAAACAAGGUUCAGUGUUUAAAUACCAAGAUCUGUCAUAUCAUUUCACUUCCCUGUUGUUUUGUUUGUCAGUACUGUAUACUGCUUUUAUAUUUUGCUUGUGGCUAAUUACAUCUUUUCUUAACAAUAUCCUUUUGUAAUUGGCAGUUUUUAUUCCUUUUAUCAUUUAUCAUUUAUUUAACUUGUUUACUGUGAAUUUCAAAACUGCGAGAAGAAAGCUUUGUACAGUGGUCAUUUUUUAUUAUUCAUGAACUUCACCUUUGUAAUCAUCAUUCAUCUAAUUUGAAAGACAGGAAGCAAAAAUGAUGGACAUAAUAAAUUUGGCUUUAUACUUUGGUAAGCAACUGUGUUGGGGUUUAACGUGUGACAAUUGCAUGAUAGGAAGCUGUCAUACAUAGCCAAUAGCCAUUGUACUCUUGGGGUCAACCUUGUGUUUAUUUCACAUCAGUAUUUGCAACAUCGCAGAACUUAGUAAAGUGUCACCACUGUGUCCACUUUUAAAAUACAUGUAGUUUUGUUGAUUAUUUUGCAAGGUCUUUUGAUUUGCUUUGUUUUGUUAAAUAUGAUUAAGAUAUUAAUUGAGUAGCUAAUUAAUUAUUGUUAUUGUAUGUUUUGUAUGUUUUUCUCUCUUUCUUCGGUGCUUAACUUGCUUAUUGUGUAAUUUUUCUUUCUUUUUUUAUACAACUAGGUUUAUAAUAACAAAAUUAAAUGUGCUGAAAAUAUUUUUAGUGCUGACAAAAGAAAAAUGAAAAUGAUUCUUUGAAAUAAGUAUACAUACAAGUGAUAGACAUAGAAAAACAUCAAAAUGUACUAUUUGAAAAUGCCACUGACAUCUAAGAAAACAUCAAAAUGAAUAAAGAAAUUGAGAUAAAACAUAUUUGGUUUCUUUUGUGCCCAUGUCAGUUUAAAAUGCUUACAAGAUUUUGCCUCUGUGGUUUACUCUUGUAGGGUAAAUUGCUGAUAAACUGAUCUAAGUAUUUGUCAGACAUAUGAAAAGCAGGAAUAUUUUUUUAACCAAGAGAAGACUGUAUAAAACUAUUUUGGUGAGUAAUUGUAGAUACAUGUAUUUGUUCUGUACUGUAGACAGAUAGAAUUGUAGAUUGUUUUUAUUGCCAUAAUUUUGUACAAGAUCUGCUUCAAUAUGUAUGUCCAUUGGUUUCAGUCAUUUUAGAUGCCUUAAGUAAACAUUUUUCUCUUUCAGUACACUAUGACAAGUAUGUGUACUACUUAGAAACUAUACCAGACUGCAUGAUGGAGAAAAAAGUUGAUGUGCAAUGUUGAUAAACUCACUUUAGAUUUAAAUGCUUCAAGAAAUAAACUGAGAUGUAGAUGUGUUUUAGCUUUUUUUAAAUAUAAUUUUGCAUUCCCUCAAACUUUACGGUAUUUAUUCUGGCAACUAAUCAAAAUUAAUUCAAUUUAAUCUGCUUUUUAAUUCAUCAUUGCAUCCCAAAUAUGAAAAUGUGUCUUGAGCAGCAAAAUUCAAUGUUUGUAUUUUUAGCUGUCACAAAUAAAGCAAACAGAUACAAAGUUUCAAGUUUUAAUCUUAAAAAACAAAACAAAAUCAUGUAUAUAUAUAUGACAUUGUAAAUAGUCAUUUUCACAGAUUUGAACAUUUUUGAUUUUUUUUUAAGUACAUGCUGCCAUAUUUUGAAUAUCUCAUCGGUUUCAUCAAACUUUCACAUUGAAUUAUUUACAGGAAUAUUUACAGUAACUUAUAUUUUGAUAAUACCUUAUCCUCAUGAUAACAUACUAACAACUUUUUAAAUACAGAUUUUAAAUAUUAAUCUGUGGUUCUAGUAAUGGGUAUAACCUACAGAAAUGUGCCAUACAUACACAUUCUUUUGCAACAAAGUUCACCAUUUCAUUUGCAUAUUUAACAUUGGCAACACUGCAUUUUUGGAAGAAGAAAAAAAUUUUUUUGUUUAAUUCUGGUGGUCACAAAGUCAGAAUGUAGUUUUGGUUAUUUAUAUGUAUUUUUUUUAUAUUUAUUGAGGCAUGUCCUCUUUUAAGAUUGAAAUUAUUCUUUUUUAGUUAAAAAAUAUGCACAGUCUUUAUGUGUAUGUACUUUGAUUUUUUACAUAUCUCUCAACGUUCAAAGCUAAAAUCAAAAGAGACACUUCAAUAGAUUACUUCAGAAGUAUAAUUGUAUAGAUUUAUAUUGUGUAUCAUUUUGGCAUUCAAAUAAUUCAUAUUUAACCUCUGUCCUCUAUGGUCUCCUUGUCUCUAUAGAUUUAUAAUUAGUAUAGUAGAAUCAUUCAAAUUAUGGUGUAGUGAUUUUGUUGACAAUGAUUUCACAAUUUGCUGUAAACCAUUUCUUAGUUCUAUGUUUGAAUGAUCAUUUAACAGUAACAUGAACUAAUAUAUCACAGGAAACAUUUUAUAUAACAUAUAAACCCUUUUUUAGCAUAUUUUAGUAACAAGUUUUAAUCAGCAGGUGUCUGUAGAGACUUGGAUCUUUAUUAAGGAGAAGUUUGUUAUACAUAUAUUGUUAUUUCUACAAUUUUAUGAACAGCAAGUCUGUACAGCUUUGUUUUGUACAUGUUCAAUUUUUAUUUGUUGUCAUUCCUUGUAGUAUAUUAAUAAAAUCAUUUAUAUGUAA